GAUGGGUGAUUUUUUUGUAAGCUGUUUGUUGAUUGGUCAACUUGGAGAUUCGAAGUAACAAAGCCCCAUCUGAUUGGACGUUGACGCUCCCACGAGGGGUCGCAUGCGAAAGAUUUUCGAAAGGGUUUAUUGUUUCUUUGCUUUCGGAGCCGAAAUUGUUUGCUAUCCACUCACUUCUACAAUCAAAUAACGAGUCGAAGAAAAUGGCUGGUGGCAAAGCAGGAAAAGACAGCGGCAAAGCCAAGGCGAAGGCGGUGUCGCGCUCCCAGAGGGCUGGGCUGCAGUUCCCAGUGGGUCGUAUCCACAGACACUUGAAGACCCGCACCACCAGCCACGGUCGCGUUGGAGCCACGGCGGCCGUCUACAGCGCCGCCAUCCUCGAGUACCUCACCGCUGAAGUUCUAGAGUUGGCGGGAAAUGCCUCCAAAGACUUGAAGGUGAAGCGUAUCACUCCCCGUCAUUUGCAGCUCGCCAUUCGUGGGGACGAAGAGUUGGACUCUCUCAUCAAGGCGACAAUUGCUGGUGGAGGUGUCAUUCCCCACAUCCACAAAUCCCUCAUCGGGAAGAAGGGCCAGCAGAAGACUGCAUAGACGCCACGUUGACCAGAAAUUUCGAGACUUGGGCUUUGUUUGGACCAGGAGUUCACAUUUGUUCUUUUCUAUUAUUAAUAUUAUAGCAAGCGAAGAGUGAUUGUUAGGCUUUGUGUUGUUAUAUUUUACCCGUAAUUAGAAGAAAAAAAAGUACAGAAAGUCCCUUACCGACAGAACCCUUUGUAUUUUAUUGUAGAACGUCUGACUGGGGAGUUCUUUAUUUGAAAUGACAGUGAAUUUGUUUGAUUGGCAUCUGAAUCUGUAAUGUUUUAUACUGAAAAAAAAUUGUUAAAACCAUUUUUUAUAUAAAAAAAGGACUUGUUUUGUGGUUAUUCUCUUGAAGUUUUGAUAAUUCUCACAGUUUUUUAAAGAGAUUAUUGUUUUUGGGCAGUUAAUUGGUCUUAAACAGCUAAAUGUGAGAUGGUGCUUUUUUUUUCCUUUUGACUUACUGUAAUAUUUUGAACUGCACAGGGAACGUUAAAGUGAACAGUUGAUAUUUGUUUACAUCCAAAUGAAAUAUCAGUGAACACGUACUGUAACAGUCAGCUACAGUGUUUGUGUGAAUGUUUACAGCGUUUAAAACAGUUGUGAUAAACUUGAAAUGGCUCUUUUUUUCCCCCCACAGUGUGGUCUUUUGGCUGAUCAGACCAUAUCCUCCUCACUGUGGAGCACACGUCCUCAAAGUUAAUCUCCCGAAAGGUGUGCAGUUGUCGGAAAGGUUUUUAAAGCUCCGAGUCGCAUUACAGUUUGUCGUAUUUCCUUGCAGUACCUUAAAUGUAUGGACAAAAACAAAAAGUGACCUGUCCUCACAAGCUGGAGCCUUUUCUAUAAAGCAAUGUAUCUGGGGCUUCACUGCUUCAUUUAAUCUUUGAAUAAAUACCCCUGACAUGUCCAUGGCAUGGUUUGAAACCUUGAUUAAUUAUUUUUUGGGUUUUUUAUUGGGGAAAAAGAAAGCAAAUCCGGUCAAAAUUAGGGAAAAACAUGAUGGUACAGACAAUUUGUGACCAGCAGGGGGCGCCACUGGCUCAUACAAACCCACUAAAAUCAUCAAAGUGUGGAUUAAGUACAGGUAUUUUCCAAAAUAUUCAAUAUAUUCAGGCAAAAAUUAACAACAUAUCGCAUCUUAUUAAUAUUUUUUCAAUAAAAUACUUCAGGAAGUGGUACCGGAUGACUAUAUUGAGACUUUUUAACACCAUUUGCCCUUUUUGGAAACUGGAAAAUGGAUUAAUAACACAAAAUGUGAGUGUAUAAGUUUAGUUUCUGUGGAGUUUAUGUAUGAUUGAGAUAUAUCUGAGGAUUGGGCUUUCUUUUCCCUUAUUCCAGAGUUUGAAACUUGGAUAUAAACUCUUAUUUACUUAAUAUUUAAUUGCUCUUAACUAUUACUGGGGAUUAGUGUCCUGCUUGGGACUGCUGAGUAUUAUGUAACAACACUGUAAUAUACAGUGUAUAAUAUAAAUUAAUAUACAUAUGAAUGCAUAUAAAUAGUUUCUACUGAACAAUC